AUGUCAAUUGAAGCGAAUUCUCUUGAAAAUUGGCGUUUAUUACUUUCUAAUAAAAUUGUUUUUAUAACCGGUGGUGCUGGUUGGAUUGCACGACAUAUUGCUAAAACAUGCUAUGAACAUGGAUCUUAUAUUGUCUUAGCCGAUACAAAUAUUGAUAGAAUUAUUCAAGUUAAAAAUGAAAUAUUUAAUUUAGAAAAUACAGAUGAUCGAAUUCUUCCAAUUGAGCUUGAUGUAGAAAAUGAAGAAACAAUUAAAAAAGCUAUUGAAAUAACAUUAAAUAAAUGGAAUACAAUACAUAUUCUUAUUAAUACAGCAGCAGCAUUUACACUUGGUUAUGUUGAAGAUGUUUCUGUUGAUGAUUGGUCACAUGUUAUGAAUAUUAAUAUUCGUGGUUAUGCUUUAAUGAUAAAACAUAUUGUACCAAUUCUUAAAAAACAAAAUUAUGGCUCAAUUAUAAAUAUAUCUAGUUGUGGUGGACUUGUUGCUCAUUCAAAUUUUUUACCCUAUUCAACAACAAAAGGUGCUAUUAUUCAAAUGACACGAAAUUUAGCACUUGAUCUUGGUGGAUUUAAUAUUCGAGUGAAUACUGUAAGUCCUGGUGCUGUUGAUUCACCAACAUUAUAUCGAACAGCAGCUGAAGGAGGUAUUACAAAAGAAGAAUUUGAUAAAGAACAUGGAGGAAAAUGUAUUCAUCGUCUAGGUCAUCCACAAGAAAUUGCUAAUAUGAUAGUUUUUCUUGCUUCAGAUUUAGCUUCAUUUAUUACUGGAGCAAAUAUGAUUAUAGAUGGAGGAUAUACGGCUGUUUAA